AUGUUGAUUUUCCUACUUUUCCUUGUUUUUAUUCCAAAUAUUAUUCAUUGUGAUUUCGAUUCGGAUCAAAUCAAAUACAUUUUGGAUAACAAAGAAGAAAUUUAUAAACCUGGAGAUGUUGUAUCUGGAACUCUUGAGAAUCAUUAUGAAGGAGAUCUAGAGAUCAAGAAAAUCAAGAUUGAUUUUAUUGGAGAAAUUCGGAGCACAAAUAAAACUUGCGAAACUACUGAUUGUGAAUUAUUGGCUUCAACAAUUAUUCCACUGUUUCAUGAGACCAAGGAAUUUGCGGGAAAAUCCUCGAAAUCCUCAAAAUUCUCCUUCAAACUACCAAAAAAUUCACCAAUGUCGAUAGAAAAUUUCGGAAAUUGGGUGCGAUAUUAUUUCAAUGUUACAAUUAUGACCAAUAAGGGAAUUGAACUUGCGCCGGAAAAACGAAUUAUGGUAACUGGAGGAUUGGAUUUGAGUAAGGAUAGGAAAUAUGAGACACCGGGAAGUUGCAAGAAUUCGGGGAAAACUAUUAGUAUUCAGGCGGAAAUUGCGAAAAAUGGAUUUGUUAGUGGAGAAGAUUUCAAGGUGAAGUUGACGAUUGAGGCGAAACAGAAAUCGAAAAUUAUGCUGGUGAGUUUUUUUUGGUAAUUUUUUUAUUUUCUUCAAAUUCCGAACUUUACUGCUACAAAUCAAAGUUUCAGAAAAAUCGAAAAAUUUAAAGCAAAUUUUGAAACAGUGAAUUUUCAAAAAAUAUUUUAUAUAUUUCAAAAAUUCAAAUAUUUCGAAAAUAUUUCAAAAAUAUUUUCUGAUAUUUCGAAAAUAUUUCAAAAAUAUUUUCUGAUAUUUCGAAAAUUUUGAAACAGUAAAAUAUUUCGGAAUUUUUUUUCCAGAUCGGUGGAAGUAUUUUCGCCCUCAAAUCCGCCAUCACAAAAACCGGCAAAAAUAACAAAAUGAAACUCACUGACAAACCUCUCGAAAUCUCCAAAAACACUCGAAUUUUCACAAAUCGACAAGACACAGCAUCAGGAUUAUAUCAAGGAUCUCAAAAAACCUUCGGAGGCGCCGGGAAAAAAGAUGAAAUCGAAUUUGUGAUUGAUCACGAUGUGAAUGCAAUUAUCCCAAGUGUUCCAUUUGGAACAAUUCCGAUUGUUUUCGUAAAUCAUGUUGUGAAUAUAGUUGUCGAAUUGGAACAUGAUGAUAUUUUUGAACGUGUUACUUGUGAUAUUCCGAUUACAAUUGGAGUUGUUCCAACUAAAGGAGUCACAUUUAAAACAAGUUAGCUUAAUUUUUUAUCGAAAAAAAACGUUUGAAAUUGUGUUUUCAGAACCUGUGAACAUGCGAUCUGCUGAUGGAGAAGAAUUCUUUUUCGAUAGAGAAAUCAUCGAAUUCUAUGCAAAAUAUCCACACAUCGAAAAACCAUAA